GGCGGAGAGGCUCCGGGGGGCAGUGAGUGAGGAGAAAAGGCACACUGCUCGCACACAUGGCGGACUUCGUGGUCCCCCGGCACAGCGCGGUGAUGGAGCGCCUCCGCCGGAGGAUAGAGCUGUGCCGGCGGCACCACGGCAACUGCGAGUCCCGCUACGAUGCGGCGGCUGGGGAGAGGCUGGAACUGGAGCGCCAACACACCUACCAGCUGCACCAGCGCUGCCUGCAGGCCAAGGCCAAGAGAGCCAGCAAGCACAGGCAGCAGCCGCCGGCGGCCAGCGGCACCACAGACACUGCGAGGGGGAGCCAGAGCGGAGCCAUGGAGACCGGGGACAGCAACGGGGAGCAGUGCAGGAGCAGCACCCUCAUCGCGCAGCUUCAUGAAACUGUUAAAAGGAAGCUGGACAGUGCAGCUUCACCUCAAAACGGAGAUCAACAAAAUGGCUAUGGAGACAUGUUUUCUGUGUCCAAGAAGCUUCGACGUGAAGAUGGAUUAACAGGAGGGAUUGGGUCAUCUAAUGGGAUGCCUCCAGUUUCCCCCUUGCAUCAACUGGACAACAAACCUCCAAGUGGAGAUUCUUUGCAGUUAAAUGGGAGCCAUUCGCUUGGACUGGAUGGUGUAAAGAAGUGUCUUCCAGAUGCAGGCCUACAACUAAAUGCUAAUGGAGAUACUGAUGAGUUCUCACUUUGCUUAAGCAAAGAAAUGAAGCAGGAACCUGUGGAUGACUUACCUUGCAUGUUAUCAGGUGUGGGUGGUUCCAUGUCUCAAAACAAUUUGAUGCCUGACCUAAACCUGAAUGAGCAAGAGUGGAAGGAACUCAUAGAGGAACUAAAUAAAUCUGUACCAGAUGAAGAUAUGAAGGAUCUUUUCAGUGAUGACUUUGAGGAUAAAAAGGACAAUGAUGCUUUAAAUUCUGCAACACAGACACCUUUGACCCAGGAUAUUCAUGUGAAGACAGAGUUUUCUCCUGCAGCAUUUGAGCAGGAGUCUCUUGGGUCUCCACAGGUAAGGUCUACGUCACGUGGACCAUUUGUUGGAGCUCCUUCAGUGCCUACUAGCAGCUCCUCUCCAGUGAUAGGUGGUUCCCAGCCUGUGUUCCAGCCAUCUUCCCAGACUGUGACAGACAAUUCCAAUCAGGCAGCGUUGCCGCCUUCAAACCCACCUCAAAAUGUGCCGAGACCAUUACCCAAUGUAUUAAUGUCUGGACAGAACACUGGAACUACCAAAGAGAUGUCCUCAGCCCACCAACUUCAACAGAUUGCAGCAAAGCAAAAGCGGGACCAGUUGCUUCAAAACCAACCGCAGACUCAACAAGUCCACCAGUCCAAUCAGAUGACCAACUGGCCACCGUCUCGAACUUCACAAAGUCCGCUGGGGGUUCCUUAUAGCUUGGAGAAAUCUACCAGCCCUUCUGUUUACCAGCAAGAGUUCAAUAACCAGAAACUAAUGAUGCCCAAUAUGAACAAGAGCUCCCCUCGUAGUGGAAGCGGCUAUAUGCAGCCCAAUCAUGUUGUUAUGAUUGGUCAUAAACCUUCGAACAAUUUAAACCCCAACCAAGCUCCAGGUCCAAAUCCUAUGCUGGACUAUGGCAAUACGAUACCUCUCUCACACUAUGAGGCUGACUGUGGUCCUGGGGUGGUAGCGCAGAACAAGAAUGCAAUGAUCACUUAGCGACGGCAGCAGCAGCAGCAGCAACAGCAGCAGCAGCAACAACAGCAGCAGCAACAACAGCAGCAGCAGCAACAGCAGCAAAUGCCUCCUAUGACUGAGGAGCAGAGUCAGAUGUUCUUGAUGAAACAAAAGGCUGGAAUUCCUUACAGGCCACUGGUGUCGCACGGACAGGAGCAGAAUCCACAGGCAAAUGUGGUCCGUGUUCCGGUGUCUGUGGGAGGAGCAGGUGUUGUAUCGCAGCCGCCACAAGUGUCCAUGGCGAGUAAUCAUGCAAAUGCAGCUUAUCUGAGCAGCCAACAGCAAGCUGUCCUAAAGCAGCAACAGCAGCAAAUGCUUCUAGAACAGCAGAAACAGAGAGAGCAAAAGCAGUUAAUUCUGGAACAACAAAAACAAUAUCUGAUUGGACAGCAGCGGCAACAGCAGCAGCAGCAGCUCCUGGCAGAACAGGAGAAGCAGCGACACCAACAGGAGCAGCUGCAGCGGCACCUCACUAGGCCUCCCCCGCAGUAUCAGGACCAGCCACAAAAUUCCUAUCCACAACAGCCAGUUGGUCCAUUUCCAGGGUCAUCUUCAGUCAUGCCUGGUGUAACUAAUAUGAACCAUCCAAAUUCUGGAAGUCCACGCAUGUUUCCACAGUCACAGCCUAUGCUUCACAUGGGAGGUGGACACGCAUCUGUCCCAACUCUAUCUUCUGUUUCAACGCCUCAAGAGCGAGCAGUCUCCCAGUACCCUAACAUUCAGACAGUGCAGCGGGGAGGAAUGUACAGCAUGGGAACAAGUCUCGCGCAGAUGGUCCCAAAUCAUACAGCACAGGGUAACAUGCCCAAUGGUCAGCCUCCAAUGCAGAGGCAGCCAAGCUUGGGUCAAGGGAACCCGCUCCCCGCUGGUUAUGGACCAAAUCCCAUGGCAAAUCCAGCCUUGGCAGCACAACACAGUAAAGGGGGGAUGAACCCUGCGUUGGCAAAGGCCCAGAUCCCAAGAAUGCCUGCUACGAUGUCAUCACAAAACCCAGGAUGGCAACAUCAAAGCAUGCAAAAUAUAAACAGUCAGGCCCAAGGAAAUAAUGGCUUGGGUCCCUUCAGUUCUGCCAGUGCAAGCUUUCAUCUCCAGCAAAAUCAUCACAAAAUGUCAAACCAACAGUUUGCCCAGGGCAUGCCACAAGUUGGUCUAGGAGCUGGUCGACCUAUGACCUCAUUAAACAGUUCCGUCCCUGCCCAAAUGAUGCCAAACAUAGCUUCACAGCAAAGGACAAAUCCUGCCGGUCAACAGCCAGCACCUAAUCAGCAGGUAUUACCAGUGAUGAACCAGGCAGUGCCAGAUCUGACGGCGUUUAGCCAAAACCCAGGUCAGCAAAUGGCCAACAGGGCUGCACUUCACUGUAAUCAAACUUACCAGGUGAGGUCAACAGGUCAGGACUUGCCCUUUGGGUAUGGCGGACAGUCUGGUAACAGCGGCUUACAAAAUUUGUCAGGUGAUACUGAUCUGCUGGACUCCUUACUCAAAAAUAGGACUUCGGAAGAGUGGAUGAAUGACUUGGAUGAGCUAUUGGGGAACCAUUGAUACCAAGCCUGUUUCUUUUUUUUUUUUUUUUUUUUUUUUCACAAUGGUUUUAAGAACCUUUUUUAGUACAUUUUUAUUAAACAAAUGGAAAAACUAAAAUGUAAUUUACAUUUGGACCAAAAACCUGUGCCAUUGAGAUGCUAUUGUCACUGAGGCUGGAACAUUGUAUGUCCUGAUGCUUCUCUCCCUACCCUCUGUAGACCGCUAAUAAUGCCUGGAGCAUGGUUCGGUCUUUGCUCACCACUGCCUGCCUCUGUCAUAGAUGAUGGCAGAGCCCCUCUUCCUAUCGCUACAAAUGCCUUAUUUUCUCAGCACUGUGUGGGAAAUGAUGGGUCAUUAGCAGCAAAGAACCAAUUCAGU